AUGAAGUUCUCCCUUGCCACCAUCACCGCCUUCGUCGGCGCCAUCAGCGCCGCCAAGCUUCCCAACGCGUUCACUCUCGUUGCUGACGGCGGCUACACCGUCUUGACCGAUGGCCAGAACGCCUACAUUGGCGCCAACACCACCGACCAUGAGAUUCUGAUCCUCCGUGGCGGCAGCCCCAAUGGCCUCGUCACAUACACUGCCCAGAACAGUGUUCCUACCGCUUUCCAGAACCUCUACGUUAUCGAGAACGAUGUUUUGCCUAUUGGUCUGACUGCGCCUCACUCAGGUGCGGUCCCCGCGGGCGGCAACAUUACUGCAUUUGGUGUCAACGACCAGGGUCUGUUCACCUAUGACGGCAAGGACUGGUUUGCCGUUGAGGGCUACGGUGAUAACGAGGUCAAGGAGAUCUAUUGGUACGGUUCUCACAGCUCUACCUACCGCGCCUUGAACCUCUAUGUUAAGGAGCUGAAGAAUUAUUCCGAUUAA